AUGGACAAGACGCGAAGGUCCUCUACACAGUACGGUUCAUUGGAAUGCACAAAAUGGAAUGUAGAAGCUGACAAAACAGAGGAGGACAUUGUGUCUAUGGCUGACUCAACCAUAACUGUAGAUGAUAUCGAGGGAGAGUUGUUCAAGAUUGAGCGGAUCCGAGAUGUCCUGGUCAGGAGGGAGUCAGAGCUCAGAUACAUGAUGGAUGAUAUCCAACUGUGUAAAGAGAUCACAAGACUCAAAAAAGAGCUCCAAAAACUGGUGUCCAUUCCAGAUAAUGACAAGUCUGAUGAAGACAAACAGAAGGAGGAGGAGCUUCUGCAAAGGAUCCACAAGCUGGUGGAGGCCAGGGACUUUCUGGUAGACGAUGUGGAGUUCGAGAGGCUUCGGGAGCGGGAGGAAGACAAAGAGAUGGCUGAUUUCCUGAAGUCCAAGUUUCCCAAGAGCUCUCUAAAGAAAAAUCCUCCACUGAACAGAAGGACAGCCUCCAGAGCCCAGCAGAGCUCUGCUCCCUUUGUCACCAAGACCGGUCUCACUCUGCUGAAGGAAUGCUGUGGCUUCACCUGCUCCAUCAUGUAG